GGGAACAUCAUCCUCUCCCUCUUCCCCCCUCCCUUACACGUCGCUGGCAGCACAUCCCAACAAAUAUACAACGAACAUGUCCUACAAGGUUGCUGAUAUCUCCCUUGCUGCCUUUGGUCGCAAGGAGAUUGAGAUCGCCGAGCAUGAGAUGCCGGGGUUGAUGUACAUCCGUGAGAAGCAUAAAGCUGCCCAGCCCCUCAAGGGCGCACGGAUCGCCGGCUGCCUCCACAUGACCAUCCAGACCGCAGUGCUGAUCGAGACGCUCGUCGCGCUCGGUGCCCAGGUCACCUGGUCUUCCUGCAACAUCUACUCUACUCAGGAUCACGCCGCCGCCGCGAUCGCCGCUACCGGUGUGCCCGUUUUCGCCUGGAAGGGCGAGACAGAGGAGGAGUAUGUCUGGUGCAUCGAGCAGUCCCUCAAGGCUUUUCCUGGCGGCCAGCCCCUGAACAUGAUCCUUGAUGAUGGUGGAGAUCUGACCAACCUCGUCCACGAGAAGUACCCCGAGCUGCUCAAGAACAUCCGUGGUGUGUCUGAGGAGACCACGACCGGUGUGCACCACCUGUACAUGAACCUCCGUUCUGGCAAGCUGAAAAUCCCCGCCAUCAACGUCAACGACUCCGUCACCAAGUCCAAGUUCGACAACUACUACGGCUGCCGCGAGUCCCUCGUCGAUGGUAUUAAGCGUGCCACAGAUGUCAUGCUUGCUGGCAAGGUCGCUGUCGUCGCCGGCUUCGGUGAUGUCGGCAAGGGCUGCGCCGAGUCCCUCCGCUCUUACGGUGCCCGCGUGCUCGUCACCGAGAUUGACCCCAUCAACGCCCUGCAGGCCGCUAUGGCCGGCUACGAGGUCACGACGAUGGAGGAUGCUGCUCCCCGCUCCAACAUCUUCGUCACCACCACCGGUAACCGUGACAUCGUCGUUGGCAAGCACUUCGAGGUCAUGCCCGAGGACGCCAUCGUCUGCAACAUCGGCCACUUCGAUGUCGAGGUUGACGUCGCCUGGCUCAAGAGCCACGCCAAGUCUGUGGUCAACAUCAAGCCCCAGGUUGACCGCUACACCAUGCCCUCCGGCCGCCAUAUCAUCCUGCUCGCUGAAGGCCGUCUCGUCAACCUCGGGUGCGCCACCGGCCACCCGUCGUUCGUCAUGUCCUGCUCCUUCGCGAACCAGGUCCUGGCCCAGAUCGCGCUCUGGACCACGCCCGAGAAGUUCCCUCUGGGCGUGCACAUCCUCCCCAAGGAGCUCGACGAGGAGGUCGCCCGCGCCCAUCUCGCCCAGCUCAACAUCAAGCUCACCACGCUGACGGCCGAGCAGUCCAAGUACCUCGACAUCCCCGUCAACGGGCCUUACAAGGCCGACCACUACCGCUACUAGGCGCCUCGCUCCCCUCCGGCCUCAACGUGCCGGUAUGCUUAUAAAAACGCGCGUGGGGCGCGGCUCGCCCGAGGAGGGCACCCCCCCCCUGGGAAUCUCAACGCUUUCCCAGCUACAGGCAAUGUAUAGUAUAAACCCAUACAUAUUUUCUCUGCGAUCUCCGUCAUUUCUCUCUACUCAAUCAUCAUUCCCUCCUUUCUAGCUAGACGUUUCUGCUCUCUUCUGUGCUGGAUCUUUCCCCCUUCAAAGGGGGGAGGUGCGCCGGAAUGAGGCAUGGGACGUUUGGGCUGGCUCUGGAUUGGAAGAGCGGAGACCGGAUCGCUUUUUCGUAGCACGCACGUUUUCUUUGGGAUUCUAGGGGAAGUAGAAAUCAAUUGCGCAAUCAAACGUAGAUCAGUCAAUGUGGUUCAAUAGUUGUAGUCGCUCAAGGAUAGAAUGUUGUUAGAUUGAGGUUGUUAAACUGACUGCGUGGUGUAUGUUCACUCUAGUAAGUAUUGUAACCUGGGACG